AUGGAUCGAGAGAUCGCUUGCCCAACAUGGAGCGAAGGGGGCCCCCCUUGCCAUGCCCCCUUCGCUCCUUCUUUGGACCCUCCUGGUGAAAAUGGAGAGAGCGGAGGAAUGCCAACCCUCGUCCUACCGCACUUGCAGCGGCGGGUGUUACAACAGCAGCGCUCUCAGAGGCUCUGGCUCCAGACUGCCGCAACAGGUGGCCCAGGUAAACUAAAGGCGUCUAGAGGCCGAGAGGCACUCAGAGGUGGUUCGAACUGCCUGUGUAUGUGCGCGAUUUUUCUCUGUCUUGUGGAUAUGAUAGAGGGAGAAGCAGUUGCCGCCGGUGCCCCCUCGUCUGCUCGCGACGUCGGGGCUCAACGGGCCUGUGGAGUGCGGUGUGUCUCAGCGCUUGAAGGCAUAGGCCCCUCCGCCUGGGGUCCCCACCAGCUACGUAACGAGCUUGAAGAAGAAGAGACAGACUCUGCAGCAGGAGCUGUCUUGAUGGAUUUGGUACAGCAAGGCCUUCACAGCUGCCUGCUGCACGUCGGAGUCUCCCAGAGGGCCAGCCCUGCGGCUUGCCCUUGUUGCCUUUCCCUUCCGCCUUAUACAGACAGCUACGAGGUAGCAGCACACCGGCGGAAGGGGCCUCCCCUACCCUUCAGAGAGAGGGGCCCUCAGGAGAGAGACUGGGGGCGACCCCGAGCUUGUGCUGUUCUAAACGAUGAGGAGGGGGCCCCAGGGGGCCCCUCUCCCCCGCCGUCUGCAGCGGCAGCCGCAGCGGCUGCAGCGGUAGCAGGGAGCCCCUUCAACUUAUGGGGCAGUGGAGCACCUCCGUCGUAUCUGGACCAGAGGCCCUCGAGGGAAUCUAAUCACAGGACCCCUGUGACUGCCGCUGCUCCAGAUACAGACGCAGCUGCUCCUGCACCACCUGUUUCUAGCAUGUGUGGCCGCUCUCCUUUGCAGCCAUUCGUCACGCCGGCCACUGGAGAUACUCCAGCGGAGGGGCCCCCCCGGUUGUUUGUGUUUGAGGGCCCCCGGCUGAGGACGCGUAGGAGCGUUGGACGAAUGCAUCUGGGGAGAAGCUCCUCUCACUCUGGAGAGCCUCCCGUUGGAGAACAAGAGGAGGAAGUAGGAGCAGAAAGGGAUCUGCCUUCUAACACGGACCCGGCUGAUGCAGGCCUUCUGGAAGACGAGCUACGGGGGAGACCCCAAGGCGCUUUAGCGACAUCCUCCGUUGCUAGGAGGAUUUUACCUGCGGUGCUGCAUGGACAUGCUGAGGCGACAGCCCCAGAGGGCCUGCCCUCUGACGGUGUUGCAGACGAAGGGAGGGAAGGAGACCUCGUUUUUUUUGAAGGUGUGCCAGAAAUGAUGGAGGCCCCUGGGUCGGUUCGAGGGAGGGGCCCACCCCUGCACGAAGAGGACUAUGCACUCUACACGGAAGGAGGUGCUGGAGAGGCGAGAGUGCUGGUGCAACCGGCUGUAGCUACUGAGCAGCAGCAAGAGGCAGAAGAGGGCCCCGAUACCUUAUGA